AUGGAGAAGUAUGAAUCUGGGACAUUUAUACAGGGGCCACUAGGACGUAUAAAUUAUUCAUUAUCAAAGCCAGCUACUUCAAUGAUUGGAAGUCCACUAGUAGUUUGCAUACAUGGUCUUGGCAAUUCAAUGUCAUAUUAUAAAGAACUUGUAGAAUUUAUAAAUGCAGUAAAUCUGCCAGUAUUACGUUUUGACUUACCAGGUCAUGGUUUAUCAUCAUGGUAUUGCUUUGGUAACUUGACUCCUCAAGAUUGUAUAGACCAGAUUGAUACCUUGCUAGAAAGUCUCAAUAUGUCUAAUAUUCCACUAUAUUUAGUUGGCACAUCUCUAGGAGGUUUAAUAGCCAUAUAUUAUGCUGCUCACAAACCAGAUCGUGUCCUAAAGGUGUCUGCAAUAUGUCCUGCAGGCUUCUGUGCAAGACUAUCUAUAUUUCAUCAUUUUGCUUUAAACUAUAUUCCAUUACUUGCACAAUGUAUCUACUAUAUUUUCCCACUACAUUGGUUUAUUAAGAAAGAAAGAUACAUUCGCGACUAUUAUAAUCCUGAUAAAUUAGAUCAAAAAAUAAUAGAACGUCGAUAUUUUAGGGGAUGUUGUUAUAGUAAACAAUUGAGAAUGACGAGUUUACGUGUAGCAAGAGGGUUCAAUUUGUGGAGUAACCAUCAGGUUUAUUCAGACUUGCGUGACAAUUAUAUUGCUAUUAGAGGUCAUACAGGCAUUUGUUUCUUCCUAGGACUACAUGAUGAGGUGACACCUUUGAGUAAUUUAUUACCAGAAAUUCAGAGAAUCACUCCGAAGAGUAGGAUGUGCAUAUAUAGAGAAUGCAAACACCAGAUUUUGGAAGAAUGUAGACAAUAUGCAAUAAAAGAUAUUGUAGAAUAUUUAAAGGCAUCAAGUGAUAUAGAAUAUAAUUCCAUAGGUAUACCUGUUGAUUCCUUAAAUAUUAAGGACUUAGGAUAA